GGUCCAGACCAGUGCGCAGGCGCGGGAGGUGCGCGCACCGGUGACGUCACUUCGUGCGGGACUCCGCCGAGGGAGGCGUCGCGGACUGACAACGUCGCCAUGGAGCCGAGGGCGGGUGUUUCCAAACAGGACAUUCGAGAGCAGAUUUGGGACUACAUGGAGUCACAAAAUUUAGCUGAUUUUCCCCGGCCUGUUCAUCACAGGAUUCCCAACUUCAAGGGCUCUUAUCUGGCUUGCCAAAACAUCAGAGACCUCGAGGUUUUUGCCAGAACGCAGGAACUUAAAGUGGACCCUGAUAAACCACUGGAAGGCGUCCGGUUGCUGGCGCUACAGAGCAAAAAAACAUUAUUGGUUCCAACACCGCGACUGAGAACGGGGUUGUUUAAUAAGAUCACUCCACCCCCUGGGGCAACUAAAGACAUCUUGAGAAAAUGUGCCACCUCUCAGGGCGUGAGGAACUACAGCACUCCCGUGGGCUUGGACUCCAAGGUCCUUGUGGACUUAGUUGUGGUGGGGUCCGUUGCUGUUUCUGAAAAAGGCUGGAGAAUUGGGAAGGGAGAAGGCUAUGCCGACCUUGAAUACGCCAUGAUGGUGUCGAUGGGAGCAGUCAGCCAGGGGACGCCAGUGGUCACCAUCGUCCAUGACUGCCAGGUUGUUGACAUACCUGAAGCACUCCUUGAGGACCACGACCUCACUGUGGACUAUAUCCUUACUCCAACUCGAGUCAUCACCACAGGGUGUGAGCGCCCCAAGCCAGCGGGAAUCGCAUGGUCCAAGAUCAGCUGUGAGAUGAUGGAGAAGAUACCUAUCCUCAGAAGCCUGCGCCACCGAGAGGAGCAGACUGGGAAGGACGUCACCCUCCGGGAUGGUCCCCGGAGCCCUCCAGGCUCCCAGGCCGCCCCCAGCACCGCCAGAAGCCCUCAGGACCCGGCCCCACCAGAAUCGGUCUCCGUGCCUCCCAGCUCUGUUGAGAUUGGGAACCUCCCCCGGGAUGUCAGGGUGAGCCAGCUAAAGCGGGCCCUCAGCGCACUGGGCGUGGUGCCCUCACGGCUCACCUGGCAGGGGCCGCAGCACAGGGCCUUCCUCCACUACCGGGACCCGGCCGAGGCCCAGCAGGCCAUCGCCUGCCUGCAGGGCUUCCGCCUGGGCGCCAGCACAGUGAGGGUGGUGCUGGCCAGGCAGCAGAGGGCCAGUGACCUUGGGGGCGGCCACACCGCAGAGCCACUCCCUGACCAUCGACCGGCCGUUGCUGGCCCAUGACGACGUCCCGCUAUGAUCCCCAGCGAACUUCCGCCCAGCACAGCAGGGCACGGUGGAGCCGUUGCUGCCUGAGCUGCUGUUGAGUUUGGUCCUUUCUGGGAAGUCAGAGCUUCAGUUGCUGCCCAGUGUCUCCUGGGGGCAGGAAGUCAGCCCGUGAGGCACUUGAAGUCUCUUGGGAGGUAGGAAGUUCAUAUUCAGGCUUCUGCGCAUCCUGGUCCUUCAGCCUGUGGAAUGUCACAGCCCUGCUGGUUUCUUGGUUGAGGGGACUGAGUGGGCAAUAAACGAGCAGGAGUAAAUUCUGA